ACUUUGCUGAUUAGACAGUUGCUCACACCUGUCGUCAUGUUAGCAGAAGGCAUCUUAAUCAGGCUCAUCUAUAAAGAAAGCUGUCAGCAAGAUAAGCCUCACAAAUCUCGUGCAUCCAGAAAGAAUCAGGAGGGAUCCUGGAGGCAGAAACUUGUAGAGAGUGCAAAAAUUCCAUGGAUUGCUGCUGGACGUGAGAAGCAGGAUGAGCUCUCUGCUGGAAGCAGCAAAGGGGAGCACAGGAGCAGUCCCGAGCGAAGAGCCACGAAAGAGGUGUCUGUGAAAGAGAACCAAAUGCUUGUCAAAGGAGCUGUGUCACCAGCUUUGCAUAUCCCCAGAAGAGCACACCCUGCUGAAGAGUUGGACUUGUAUAGAUCCUGGCCAUGCAACAGCAUUUAUCAGGACUAUCCUGACCUGCAUAUUGGGGGAGACCACGUGGGGGACCACACCUGUGAUUCGGGCUGUGUUCUGGACCAUGUGUGUGAACAGCCUCCCAGUGGGCCUCUUUUACUGUCCAUAGAUAUCCCUCCAGGCCAGUCCCCUCUGUGGAAGCAUCCUGAAAAGCCAAGGACAGAGUCCCUGCCUGGAGAUGAAGCUGAAGAGAGGAGCAUGGUGCUCUGUGAGGAGCCUCUUUCGAACUCAGUGCUCAACAAGUACAUGGAAGCAAAAGUGACAGAGCUCUAUAAACAUUUGUUUGAGGAGAGCUUGGCCAGGUGUGGUUCUGUUACAAACCUCCUCACUUGCAGCUGGAUAAAGAAUAACCUGAACCAGAUAAGCCUUCAGAUAUCACAGGAGCAGAACAUAGAAGCCUCAAAAGCCAGAGAAGUCCUCUUGCACUCCUUAGCUUUGUUUAGUCUGUGCAACACCACCAACAGAAGUAGCUCUGAAUUCAGCACUCCAAACCUGCAAAUCUCGAAGGCAGCAGGUGUGACAAAGAGCUGCAGGAUGCAGCUGAUGUCCUGACUGAUCUCCCUAGCCAGAGAGCUAGGGAUAUUUCACUCCCAGGUUGGGAAGUGAAAACACUGACACACUACAGACUUCUUCAGAUGAGGAUUUCAAGGCUUAAGCCAUACUUUGUUAGCAGAGACAGUAAAGAUUGCUCCUUGCUUUGCUCUGAUACAGGAUUUGAAGUGAGUUUCUCUCUAAAAAUCUUGUCAGCUGUAUUUUUAUAACAUAUAUGUCCACCUCCUAAGACCCUGGCAGUACCAAGAACCAUACUCUUGUGCCAGCAGAAUUACUGCUGCAAGAAAUGCCAGCCCAGAAUUGUGCUGGUAAAACUCUGCUCUGAUCCUCCCCAGCCAGUGAGUUAAAAAAAGGUCAAGAUCUGUUUGCUAGACUUUGGAUUGAGCCAUAGAGCUGAAGCUCAGAUUUGGGGCCUUCAAGUCAAAUUUUGAGGCAAAGCUUGAUUCCAGUGGUUGGAAACUUGGCUUUAGUUGGAGAAUCUUGUCAGCAGAUGGAGAUGUUCAAGACUCUGGGUUAUUGUGUGUAUAUUGUCAUGUAACAGCACCUGGGCAGGCUGAGAGAGCUGGGGCUGUGAGCCUGGAGAAGAGAAAGCUCCAGGGAGACCUUCUUGUGGCCCUUCAGUACUUCAAGGGGUUUAUAAGAAAGAUGGGGAGAAUCUUUUUACCUGUUGUAUGGCAGGACAAGAGCUGAUCAUAGAAUCAUAGAGGGAGGUUUAGACUAAAGAGAAGGAAGACAUUUUUUAUGCUGAGAGUGGUGAGACCCUGGCCCAGGUUGCCCAGAGAGGUAGGAGAUGCCUCAUGCCUGGAACCAUUCCAGGUCAGGUUGGUUGGGGGCUCGGAGCAACCUGCUUUAGUUGCAGAUGUCCAUGUUCACUGCCAAGGGAUUGGGUUAGAUGACCUUUAGAGGUCCCUUCCAACCCAUUCUGUGGUUCUGUGCUCAUACCUAGGAAAUAGGUUGACACGAUGCUGAUCUGGCUGUGUGUAUCUGCUGUGUAGGUGGGGUGUGUGAGGGUGAGAAUCUAGGUGAAAGAGUAGAUCAGGAUUGUAGAAGUGUUGAUUGGCCAGGGCUGGGUGCUAGGUUGGACUGGAUGAGCUUGGAGAUCUUUUCUGACUUGCUUGAUUCUAUG